AGAAAAGAACAUUUUUAAGGGGGCGUCAUUCUUCACCCCCUUAUAAGAGCACUUAUAAACGGCGGUUUCCAAACUGAACCCCUCAGACAGAAGCUGCAGAGAGGAAAGAGGACACCUAGUUUGCAGUGCUGCUUUCCACUUCCAGUCGCCUAGUAACUGUUUCCACGGCAACCGCCCUGACAACAACGCUAAGCAAUCUCAGGAACAAUAGAAGGGUAUUUCAUUUUCUUCCCAAGAGGGCUGCUAAGACGAGGUCAAGGGGGAAUUAUGUGAAAGAGAAACGUUAGUUUCUUGAGAAAGCAAGAGAGUAGGAAAGGAAAGGAGCAGUGAGGAAACGGACGAGAUACUGGAAUAGUGAGAAAACAGCUGAGUAGUUUUAAGGAGUCAUUUGGUGGCCAUGGAUCCAACGUGCUCUUCUGAGAGCAUUUAUAACCUCAUACCCAGUGACUGGAAGGAGCCUCCCCAGCCUCCUAGGUACAUAUCCAUUUUUAAGACAGCUGUAAAAGGCGACAUGCAAAAAUUUAAGACUGCAAUGAAAACUAUGGGACCAGCAAAAGUUGAAGUACCUUCUCCGAAGGAUUUCCUGAAGAAACAUUCAAAGGAAAAAACUCUACCACCCAAAGAAAAGUUUGACCGGAAUGAGCCCAAGAAGCCUCCUGUGCCACUGAGGACUGAUCAUCCAGUCAUGGGAAUACAGAGUGGAAAAAAUUUCAUAAAUACCAAUGUGGCUGAUGUCAUCAUGGGAGUGGCGAAAAAGCCUAAACCAAUUUAUGUUGACAAAAGAACUGGCGACAAACAUGAUCUUGAAACAUCAGGACUAGUUCCAAAGUACAUCAACAAAAAGGAUUAUGGUGUCACGCCUGAAUAUAUAUGUAAGCGAAAUGAAGAAGUAAAGAAAGCCCAAGAAGAAUAUGAUAACUAUAUCCAGGAAAACCUCAGGAAAGCAGCUAUGAAAAGGCUCUCUGAUGAAGAAAGAGAGGCAGUUCUGCAGGGGCUGAAAAAGAACUGGGAAGAGGUACAUAAAGUGUUUCAGUCUCUCUCUGUCUUCAUUGACUCGAUACCAAAGAAGAUUCGCAAGCAGAAGCUGGAACAAGAAAUGAAGCAACUGGAACAUGACAUUGGUGUCUUUGAAAAGCACAAAAUUAUUUAUAUUGCCAAUAAGAAAUAGAUUUUUAAAGUAUAGUAAUUUUAAAAUCGGAAAAAAACAGGGAAAACAUAAAGUGAAACUUUUUUAAAGAGGAAAAUACUGUGAAGAGAAUAAAAAUAGUCUUUAAUGAAAUGUGUAGGCAAUUCUUAAGGAAUUAUAUGAGAAAAUUCUGUUUUUACUAGCGUCAGGUUUUUCACAUAUAAACUGAUUAAAGUUUGAUGUUAUAUGUUUCAUAUGCAUUAUAGAAUAAAUUCAUUAUUAUUGUUA